AUGGUUAAAGCAUUAAGGGAUAUAGCAUUAUUUAAUGAUAUAAGAAAGGAUCAGAAUUCUGCUGUGGUCAAACAUGAAAGAUACAACUUGAGGGAUCUUCGGAGUAAGAAAAACCAGCAUAGAAACGGUAUGGAUGAUGAUGAUGACGAUAAUUCGCUCGAGAGAUUUAUAAGAAAGAAGAAAUCCAGGUUCAUUCAAUUCAUACCAUCAUUGUCAGCAUACAAUGUGUUCAAUGAAUUCCCUUACUAUCCUACGUCGGCCAGUCAAUUACAAGAUGGUAGAUUAGACGAAUUUCUCAUGCUAUCAGAACAAUAUAAGAGUAAGUUACCCAAAAUACGCAAAUUAGGAUGGAAUAGAUUCAAACCGAUAGGUAUUAAUAAGACUAUGUAUGAUUUAGAAAUUCUAAAGUGUCGAGCACAAACUCAGAAUGCAGAAGGAAAUAACGAGGAAGACUUCAGUCAGCAUCAUGUUAGAGAAGAGGAUUUAAGAAAUAAUGGUUCUAUAGGACGCGUUAUAUUGCCCUAUAAUCUACAGGAAAAUGAUGAUGAUACCGGUGAGGGUGAUACAAGUUCCCACAGUGUCAUAAAUGAUAGUAUGGCUAUGCUUACGAGUAACAAUGCUAAUAAUGAAGGAGAGUCCGAGGAAGAUGAGAUAUCAUAUGACUAUGAUGCAGAAUUUGAUCAUGUUGUAGAUGAAGAUGAUAGUAGGGAAGAAAUGCAGGGAGAAGAAUUAGAGUGCCUGGAAUCUGAGAGGGAGAGAAUUGUACCGGAUGACUUGUUGAUGAGGACCACUUCUCUGUCACGAUCUCUACAACAAUUUGUGGAAGAAGCGCACCAUUUAAAUAGUAAUCCAUAUGAUAUCGAUAGUGAUAACGAUGGAGAGGGUUCGAAGGUAGAAUUAGGUAUGAAUCCUGAUUUUGAAGACGAGGUGGAAACCAGGAGGGGAACAAGAACGUAUGAUUAUAAUGGCGAAUACCACCAGGCACCGAAUUCUUAUGGUGAUAUUACGCCUGAUUUAGCGAGUAAUUGGAGAAACUGGACAAGGGAAAGGAUAACUAGUUUAGAUGAGUUAAUGGAGAGACGUGCCAGGCAGCAACAAGGUCAAGAUUAA